AUGGAUCUCAUUCUCCCCUCCAUCGCAUCUCAGAUGUUCAUCCCCCGGAACCCACUGGACCAGCAUAACAUUCCCACAUCCGACUCAGACAUCCCUUCACCCUCCAUGCCAGCUCCUGCUUCAGCCCAUCAGAGAACAAAACCCAAAACCCCACUCCCAGACGCAGCAACCCCUUCAUCUGCUCUUCCACCUCUCAUCGUCAAUCUGCAAGAGGCAAGCUCACCACCUCGACUUCAGACCUCGAUCGAUAACAAGAAGGAAAAGAUACAAGCACGUCCUGUGACUCCCAUGGACUUUUUCGGUUCGGCGAAGGGUCAUUCCACAGCGAAAGAUGGGAAAGUGAGCUCGAAAGAUUCGAGAGAAUCCGUCGAUCAAAGACCACCUGUGGACCCAGCGAUCAAGGGUAUACCACAAGGAUGGGAGGAUGAUCUGGGCAUUCAAGUAGCUAAAAGCGAAGAAAGGGUUGUCACACCCACGCAAUAUUCCACAAACACUUUACACAAACUCGGUGCGUUCAAGGAAACGAGAACAAAGCUAUCGUCUUUCAGUGGUACAGUGAGAUCUGGUUUUAGAGACAGAGGAGCUGAAAAGGAUAAAGAGGAAAGAAAACCAAGUGGGCUCAAACUUUACAAGGGGAGUGCCAGAGCAACCCAGAGAUCCUCCUCGAUGAGCACUACGCCAUUGAACCUCGGCAUGCAGCCAAAGCAUCGACCCACCUCGCCUGGACGAGUAGACCAUCAACUUACUCACUCAGUCUAUAGCGAUGCCUCAUUCAAUACUCAGAAUACGACUUCUACCGAAAUGUCCAUCCCUGUGGUUCCUCCCUCAUCUCAGACCGUUUCGACAGAAGGGUCCACAGCCGACUUCACCCAUCUGUUUACCCCUACAUCUCAAGCUGAGCAUGAAUAUCCAACAUCCAUCACCUCGUCCCAUUCCACUCAAUCUCGCGAUAGAGUUAUGGGGAUUGUAGAUGACCCUUCUCCGGUCCCUCCCGCUGGUAUGAAGACUUUCUCUUGCCCUGUUAUUGAAGAAGUCCUUCCCUUUGCCGCAGGUCACCCAUUCGCCGCAUGGUCUGCACCUGUCGUAGAAGAAGAUCAACAGCCAUCCGGCGGAGACCAUAGUACCGAUGUGGGAAGGAGAGGCAGCAUGUCGCUGAGUAGACUGGAUAUGUUAUCAUCGAAGGAUACAGCUCAUACAGACAACUCCCUCUCUUCGGAGGGGUGGAAGGAAACGCCUAGACCAAGAUCGGGUUUACCUGGGAAGAAGGUAUGGGUUGAUGCGAAGGGUGAGAGGAGCGCUGGAGUGUACAGCGUAGGAUGGGAGAGGGAUGUCCUUGACCUCGAAGCAAGAUUGCAUGAAACCAUGUACGAGAUUGCGGGAGAAAGGCACACAUUUGUAGAGUUUGAAGAGCCGCCUAAGGCGGUACUUGAUAUCGGUACAGGCGCUGGACAUUGGCCCAUCUCAAUGGCUUUACGAUACCCAGAUACAAACUUUGUUGGCCUUGACCUGGUCCCUUGUCAGAUCGACUUGUCACUUCUUGCGGAGGCUGAGAAACGAGCACGAUCGACAAAAGCCGGUACAUCAGCUGAAGGGAUAGGUAUGUGGGAGAGUGUCGAAAAGAGGGUUAAAUGGCAGAGGGGUAAUUUCUUCAGCGAGCUUCCCUUUGACACCGGCGUGUUCGAUCUCGUUCACCUCCGGUUUGUCAAUUUAGGCAUAUCCGAGACGAAAUGGUACGAUCUUCUGGAAGAGGCCACUCGGGUGUUGAAGCGAGGGGGUAAAAUUGAAAUCGUCGAGACAAGCUAUACCCUUCCAUCCGAAUGUCCAGCAUCUUUGAAGAACUCGUUCGCAUCUAUGCUGUUGGCAGACAUGAUCCAACCUUUACCGUCACUAGCGAUGCAAUUCAAUCUACCUUCUAUAGAGAACAUCCAGUCCAAUGCCGUCAAGCCCGUAUUCCAUCAGAAGUGGACAAAGAAGGUACCAGGAGCUCUGGAGGAUGCCGUUUUGGUCUGGGUCAAGUCUGCAGUUGAAUACAAAGGUACAGGUUUGAUCAAGAAUCAGAAUGGGCUUGCGGGUGUUGUCGGAAGAGUCAAAGCGGAACUGCGUGACAACGGAGGUGGUAGAUGGGAUUUUGGCGAUACAAGACAGAGUAGGGAUGUAGAGCCGGUCGAGGAUAGGGAAGUGAAUGUAUGGGCCUGGGUAGCAACGAAGAAGUGA